UUUUGUUGGGGGGAGUUUUUGUUGAUAAUCUCUUUCUGUUCGGAUUGGAAAUACUUCUUCUUUGUUUAUACCAGAAAGUGUAUCAUACCCAACUUUAUCCGGAUUUACAUGUUCUUCAGGCCAUUCUUUAAAAAAAAGAAUUUAAUUUUUAAAUUAAAGGGAAGCUUUUUUACUUUUAAAGAAUCUUGUAUUUUCAUUUUUCACAUCAGCCCUUGUUUGUUUUGAUGUUGGUGCUUUAUUUAACUUUCUCUUUUUCUAAAAAAAUAUUUGAAAAUUUAAAAAAAUUAAAUUGUAUAAAAUACCCUACAACACAAAGAAAUAGACAAUCUCGCCCAAUCCAAUUUCGUCACUGCCAACUUAAGCCCUGCCCUCCUGUUGUUUCACACAAAAACGGCAAACCUUCAAUCUCCCCCUCAUCUUUAUUGGAGUUAACAUCUACUGCUUCUAAACAAAAUGUUUAUCGAUGGAAGCAUGGCAGAUGGACUGUUUGUUCGGCAUCUUGUUUGGGGGGUCAUCAAAAAUUACCAUUACUUUGUAUUGAAUUAUCUAGUGGAAGAGCAGUUCCUUAUUCUAAAUGUGAAAACGAGACUAUUAAUGAUGGUAAAAAACCAGAAGAGUUAAUUCGUCAAUGUAAUCAACAACCUUGCCCUCCUAAUUGGGAUAUUUCUGAUUGGUCUGUUUGUUCACAUUCUUGUGGGGGAGGACUCAGAACUCGUCAAAUAAGAUGUAUUCAAUUAAUUGCAAGGAAAGGACCGGAAACAACACUUUUAUUGCCUGAUAUACAAUGCCCUGGGGAAAAGCCUGGAGAUGAAGAGCCUUGUGGAAUGGUUGACUGUGCACCUGAAUGGAGUAGUCAAUGUUCAACAAAUUGUGGAUUUGGUGAACAACAACGUUCACUUUCGUGUAUACAAAGAGAUUCUUUUGGAAAAAUAGAGGAGAAAGCAAUAGAAGAAUGUAUUUUAACAACAAAUAGUGAAAGACCGAUAAUUACUAAAAAUUGUAGUAAUUUAGUUAAUUGUCCUCAAUUGGAUAUUGAUAAAAAUAAAGAAAAUAUACAAAAUUCUUCUCCAAAUAAUUUAGUUCCUUUUAUUUAUUCUGAACCUUUUAUUAAAGAAAAAUCAGCGAAAGACCAACCAUUGGGUGAUAUUGAAAAUGAAGAAGAAGAAGAGGGGGAGGGAGAAGAAGAAAAUAUAGAAGAAGAAGGGGAAGAAGAGGAAGUUAAUAAAAAUAAAUAUAAUCAACCAAGAAAAUUAACUUUACAAAUUGGGGGGAUUGCUAAUUUAUAUGAAGGAACUUCUGUAAAAGUAAAAUGUCCAGUAAAGAAUGGGGGUAAUAAAAGAAAAAUUAUUUGGACAGUUAAUGGUCGCCCUCUUCUACAAAGUUCUCGUCUAAAAAUAUCCCAAAACGGGGCUCUCAGAAUUUUUAAUUCACGUCAACACGAUGCGGGUAUUUAUGCUUGUUAUAAUAAUGAGAAUAAACAAUUGGGGAAUGUAACACUUAAAUUUAAACCGGACAAAGAAAAUGAAAAUAAUAAAACAAAAAAUAAUAAAAAGAAGGCAACAAAAAAGAAAAAAUUACUUCAAAGAAUUCGUAAUUCUUUAUAUAAUAACGGUCAAUAUUCUUUUUAUGAGAGAAUAGCCUCUGCAACUAAAGAUCCAAGCCAAAUUCGUGUUGAAUUUGUUGUUUCUGAUUGGGGGGAUUGUGAACAUUUAAAUUGUUUGGAAGGAAUACAAACUCGUCAAAUUUUUUGUAAAAUAUUUUUUGGAAAUGAAUCUGCAAAUUUAGAGGAUUUAAAUAUUUGUGAAAGUUUUGGGGCUAUACGCCCUUUAAUUACUAAAGAAUGUAUUGAUACAAAAUGUGCUAGGUGGGAAAUUGGAAAAUGGAGUGAAUGUAAUUCUUCGAGGUGUGUUAAACAAUGGACAGCAUUACAAAGAAGAGAAAUAAAAUGUGUUUUUGGGAAUAAAACAGAAGCUAAUCCAAUGCUUUGUUCAAGAAAAACUCGACCAAAAUUAAAAAGAGAAUGUCAAAAUGUAAAUUGUUCGGCUGAUUGGCGUCCUUCUGUUUGGGGUAAAUGUAGUAAACAAUGCGGGGAUGGAGGUGUUCAAAUGAGACUUUUACGUUGUGUUUGGAGAGGAACUAAAAAACCUGCAGGACAAAAUUGUAAUCAAACAAAGAGGCCAAUAGCUAUAAGGGCUUGUCUGUUUAAAAGAAAAUUACCUGAAUGUGGAAUAAAUAAAAAUGAAGGGGAACGAGAGGGAGAAGGAGAAGAAAAUGAAGAAAAAAGAGAAGAAAAAGAAAAACAAAAAUCUUUAUUGCCUUUACGUUUGUGUGAAGAUCAAAGCCGUUUUUGCGAUAUUCUUCGUUUAUUUCAGACAUGUGACCAACCUAAAAUUAAAUUACAAUGUUGCUAUAGUUGUAGAAAGUUAAUUGAAGAAUUUAAUAGUAAAUCUUUUGGAAAAUAA